AUUCUAUAACUGGCCUAAGGUGGCAGCAGUCCCGCAGCACUGCUCGUAAACUCGUAACGGUUUUACUUCAAAUUUUAGGGUUGGCGCGAUCCAUGAUGGUGUUUGUUCUUUUUCUUUGUUGAGUCACAGAAUAGGUAGUUGAGUAUUUGUUCCCUCUUCCCUCCUAUUAUUUUUGUGUUUAGGCAAGUUUUAUUGUUUUAUAUAUUGUUUCAUUCAAGUUAUAAGUUAAAACUCAGGAUGGAACGAAAAGAUAUCUAUAAAUUUAAUCCAAAAAUCCAAGACUACAAAGACGUUAGAAGAGGUGAUUUAGUUGAACGAAGAAAGAGUAAACGCAAAGAAUGUCUGGACCAGAGGAGAAAUUGCAUCGAUGAAUGUAAUAAAGAACAAGAUGUGCAAUGUACCAUCUCAAAGGGAAAAGAAAACAGACGUGAUCUACUGAAGAAGUGGAAAGAAGAGCAAAAGAGAGAGAACCAGAAAAAUGUCAAGAAACCGUUCGUUGUGGGGAUUGUGAGACACAAUGCUGGAUCACCAAUGUUCAAACCUGUUGCCCCUCUCAAGGAGUUGAGAAAACCAAUAAAAGUUCAAGUGACGAGGCCUCAGGCCACCACUUCCAGAGUGACCGCGACUUCCAACACAACGGGCGUCUAUUGCUUCGGACGACAAAAUCCUGCCCAGCAUAAGUUUAAGGUGGCCAACAGUGUCAAAAAGCUCACUGUUCCAAUCGCCCCUUCAUUCAUGGAUCCGUCAAAAAGAGGGAAAUUGGCUUUAAAGAGCAAGGCCGAAACAAGUGCAGUGUUGGCCUCCAAACAGAAUGCUAAUUCAACGUAUAAAAAGACAGUGAAAGGGAACCCAGCUCCAGCUGAAAAACGUGUGACAAGAGCAAUGACCGCGGCUAAAGGGGCUGUGAGAAAGUCGCCAAUCAAGAAAGUUGUGACAAAAAAUGUGAACGAGUCAUCUUUAAAGGCCAAACCAUCCAAAAAAGUGGCAUUUGAAGGGAAUGAACAGACUGACGAAGUAAGAACACCCGAAGUCGAAACGGUCAUUAAAAAUGUUGUGCCCACUCCUGCAGUAACGAGAAAAAGUGAUAAAACUGCGUAUUCAUCAAAGACCAGACGAUCUAGAAGACACAGAGUGGCAUUCGAAGUUGAUCACUCUGACGAAAAUAUUACACCUGAAGCCAAUAGAAUUGCACAACAUUUUGUGCCAACUCCUGCCCCCAGGAUCAAACAGCUACAAAUUGAUUCAGAUGAAGACGAAAAUGAAGCUGAGGAAGAAGCGCACAUAGCUAUGGAAACCGAUACUAAUGCCAGUGCAGAGAACACAUCCACUACAGCUAGAGGAGCACAAGAGUUCUAUGACCGGCUGCAGAGAGAGACAGAUGCUCUGCUACAGUGCUGCGACCGUUGGUCGACACCCGCCUUCAAACAGAGCGUGCCCCAAGAGGUGUCCGACGAAAUCGACUCGACGGUCGGCCAAGCGCGCCUACUUGUCGGUGACAAAUUCCAACAAUUCAAACGUUUGAUACACCGAUUUGAAGAAGGAUCCCAACCACCUGUCACCAGUGAAGAUCUGAAUGGGUUCUGGGAUAUGAUAUACAUUCAGGUUGAUAAAAUGAAUGAAAGAUUCGAUCACCUUGCUGAUUUGAAGGAGCGCAAUUGGACAAAGAAAACUGUGGAAAUAGCUGCAAAAAAGAAGGUAGCCGCUAAGCCUAAAGCUACCAGACCAGUCGUCAAAUCCAGAUUUCAGGAGUUCAUGGCCAAAAAGAAACUGGAGAUCUCCAAAAAGAGUUGUGAUUCACAGAAUGAAACCCUUGAAGAAGGAACCCAGUCAAAAACAGAUACGCCAGUUGGUACUCCAUUACAAGAUAAGAUGAUGCGGCUAGCUCUUGACACAAGUAGAAGUGAACGAAGACGCUCUUCGUUGGCCUCCGCUAGUCGCGUGCUGCGUACGUCACUCAUUGCAAAGACUCUAGCCAGCCCAUCGACUGGAAACACUCCCAAAGUGAAUCUUCAACGACUCUAGAAUUAUCAGUGACUAAAAGAUUUGAAAUGCUGUACAGUACCUGUCUAGUCAAAAACUCUAUGGCUCAACUCACACUUACGCGACUCAGGUCGAGAAGAGACUCGACUCUAGUCGAGAGCAUGAGAUUUAAAAUGCUGACGUCGCGGCGAGACUAGAAUCGACUGGUGAGUGUCACCAUUUAUUUGGAAACACAUGCUCUCGACUAGAGUCGAGUCUCUUCUCGACCUGAGUCGCGUAAGUGUGAGUUGAGCCUAAUUGUGUAAAGGCUUGGGACCUUGAAACAUCCAAGAAUGGACCACAUCAAGAUGGUGCUGCAUUUUGAAAAUGAUAUAAUUUUUUCAAAUAAUAAAAUGCACUCCAAACCACAUGACAAGUAGUAAGUACUGUAGUGCUCUAAUCUGUGCGCGUGCCUUAUAUAUAACUUAUGUUAUUGGAACUCAGUGACUGUUGUGAAAAAUAUGUUUUCAAGAAAAAACUAUUAUUGUGAAUCCAAAAAUUAUUAAACUCCGGCGUAUGGAGCCACAGCACAAAUAUGAAUGGGUAAAUGAAUGAAUGAAUAGCUCAGAUGAGUGUGCGGAUGUAAAUAAGUUUAUUCUUUAAUUAAAUAAUGUAAUAUUUUUAAAAAAUCUUAUAAACGAUAGACUUUAUAAAUUUACAUAAAAUACUUUUUAAAUUAUUUUCUCACUUUUGACUUAUUGGUGAUUUUGUAAUUUUUUUGACUUCUAUAUAGAUUUCACAUGUUGAUUGAAUGUAGUGUUCAUUCUUGUACUUGAGUUUUGUGUUUAUAAUUUCUUUAUUGAUAGUUUGUUGUUCUUUCAAACUAUUAAUAUGGUUUUAAAUUAUUGACUUUAUUUGAAAUUCAUGUUGUUUUCGAUUGUCAUGUUAUUUAUUCGAAUACUGUUUUUCAAUAAUAAUAAUUCCUUUGUGCAGUAUAGAAAUAAUGUAUUGAAACAUUCCCACCAAAUAUUUGUUCAAAUCUCUUUAACUAGAUGCCUGUAAAUACUGUAUUUUCCACUUUAUAGAAAGACGUUCUACUGUAUAUGUAUAAAUUAUCAAAUGAUGUGAAUAUCAGGCUACCUACUGAUACCCAAUAGGAUAUUGAUUAUUAAAUAUGUUUGUGUUUUACUCUUUGUACAUUACUUGUUAUUUAUAGUUGAUAUGUAGAUAGUUUGACAUCUUGUUCGACUCCUCUGAUUAAAUAUCUUCAAACAUGA